GCGCGAGAGCUGCUGACGUCAUUUGUUGAUGUUUUAGUAGUGGGAGAAACAUGGCGGCCCGGUGGAGCAGUGAGAAUGUGGUGGUGGAGUUUAGAGACGCUCAGGCUACUGCGAUGUCAGUGGACUGUCUAGGGCACCAUGCUGUUCUAUCUGGGAGGCGUUUUUUGUACCUGGUGAACCUGGAGGCACCUUCGGACGCUCCUCGGAAAAUAGGUCGUCAGAGUAAGUGGGAUGUCGGCACGGUGCAGUGGAACCCGCACAAGAGCGAAGCUCACCUGUUCGCAGCAUCAAGUAAUCAGCGUGUGGAUCUGUAUGUAUGGCGUGAUGGAUGUGGAGAGUCUCACACGUCCCUUCAAGGCCACACACGAGUUAUAAGUGAUUUGGAUUGGUCGUGGUUUGAGCCAGAAAUUCUCGUCACAAGUUCUGUAGACACCUACAUCUACAUAUGGGACACGAGAGACACACGUAAGCCUACAGGAGCUCUAUCAGCAGUUGCCGGAGCAUCUCAGGUAAAGUGGAACAGAAAGAAUCCGCACUGUUUGGCUUCCAGUCACGACGGAGACGUCAGGAUCUGGGACAGACGGAAACCCAACACUGCUGUGGAAUACGUCGCCGCUCACUUGUCCAAGAUCCAUGGAUUGGACUGGCAUCCGGAUAACGAGUACAUUCUGGCAACCUCCAGUCAGGACAACUCCGUCAGGUUCUGGGACUACAGACAACCUCGAAAAUACCUCAAUAUUUUGUCCUGCCAAGUUCCAGUUUGGAAGGCCAGAUACACGCCGUUUUCCAACGGGCUGGUGACGGUGAUGGUGCCUCAGCUCCGGCGGGAGAACAGCCUUCUGCUGUGGAGUACUCUGGACCUCAACAGCCCGGUUCACGCCUUCGUAGGUCAUGACGACGUGGUGCUCGAAUUUCAGUGGAGGCCUCAGAAAGAAGGAUCGAAGGACUGCCAGUUGGUUACGUGGUCCAGAGAUCAGACUCUUCGGAUAUGGAGGGUGGAUUCUCAGUUACAGAAGUUGUGUGCCAGUGACCUCGUAGAGGACCUGAUGGAAGGCAUGACCCUCACAACAGAGUCUGAGAAGACACUCCGCUCCCAGGAACCUCCUCUGAGCCCCGGUCUAACGUCCGGCGACCUACAAGGUCAGUUUGAGGCGUCUAGCGGCAGGCAGGACAACGCCGGUCUCGCUCAGACCCUGCAGCAGGAGUUCUCACUGGUCAACCUGCAGAUCCGUAACGUCAACGUGGAGAUGGACGCCGUGAAUCGCACCUGCUUCGUCUCGGCCCACUGUGGAGCGAAUCAGGUCAGGCUGGUGGUGAAAUUCCCUGCUCAGUAUCCAAACAACGCUGCACCGUCUUUCCAGUUCGUUCCCCCGACAACCAUCUCGUCCUCCAUGAAGACAAAGAUACAAAAGAUCUUGACGGACACGUCGCUUCAGAAGGUGAAGAGGAACCAGAACUGCCUGGAGCCGUGCGUGAGGCAGCUGGUGUCCUGCCUCGAAUCCGACGCGGAGGACGGCACUAAUCCCCAUGUGUUCAGUAACUCUGUGAGUCCCGCGCUUCCUGCUUUCCCUCGUGUCACCAACACCUACGGCUCUUACCAAGACGCUAACAUCCCUUUCCCACGUACCUCAGGCGCACGCUUCUGCGGCACAGGCUCUCUGGUUUAUUUCACUCGGCCCAUGUCCAUGCAUCGCACCGUCCCUCCUACAGAACCUACACCCAGAUCACUCUCGGCGCUGUCUGCGUACCACAGCGGCCUCAUGACGCCGAUGAAAAUGCGCAGCGAGUCUCAGUCCACGCUGCGGCUGUACAGCGGGAGUCCGACACGCACAGAUAAGGAACAAGUGUCCAUCUCCUCCUUUUACUAUAAGGAACGGAAGCCCCUGUCUGUCCAUCGCCGCUGGUCUGUGCAGACUAUUGCCGACUGUCCGAAAUCACGUCGCUGGAAAGGGAAGAGAGAAGGAAGCGACUACAACAAUAAAACCAUCAAACUGGCUGGUAAAGUCAUCAUUCAGGACAUUUCCUGUCUCCUCCCUAUUCACAAAGCCCUCGGAGAAACCUACGUAUUAAACAUGAACGACAUACGAGACACGUGUCAGAAGAACGCGGCCGCGGCCCUGACAGUAGGACGCAGAGAUUUAGCGAAGGUUUGGGCUUUGGCGUCCGCAGCUACCAGUCUGGACCUGUACCCUGACUCCGAUCCCGACGCCGACACUCCUUGGGCUCGACACCCGUUCGGACGACAGCUGCUGGAGACUUUGCUUGAGCACUACAGUCAGAUGAGUGAUGUUCAGACCCUGGCCAUGUUGUGCAGUGUGUUCAGGGGUCAGGGGAUCCCUCAGGACUAUUUCACACUGUUCGGCCCACGCAGCUCAGGCUUCACCUUCCACCACUCACGCUAUCCCAGCUUCACUUCCAGCUCGGUCACGUCUGGUUCCUGCUCCAGUACCUCCGACUCCAUCAGUGCUCCAUGGAACAUGGCCGGACGUGACGCAGAACAAGCCCUACCGUGGGGAGAGUCGUCUCCUGACGAGGUUCGCUACGCUAACCAGGCCUACACGGACCCCCGGGAGCGAGAGAAAGAGCAGCACGACAUGAACAAAAGAGUUCGGCGUGUACUGCUGCCACUGUCGGAGUCAGGCUCGAGGCACUCAGUGCGCCGUGUGCAAGCGCUUCACCUUCCAGUGCGCCAUCUGCCACGUGGCCGUCCGCGGCUCGUCCAACUUCUGCCUGAGCUGCGGCCACGGAGGCCACACCAGCCACAUGAUGGAGUGGUUCCGCUCGCAGGAAGUUUGUCCUACAGGCUGCGGCUGUCACUGUCUCCUCCAGAGCACUUUCUGAAGCCCCGCCUACACGGACACGGUGACGGAAGCGAUGACGGAUGCAGCCGAGGUCUCAGGGUGCUUCUCGAACCCCUCGGUACUGCGACGCAUCCUGGACUGUUAUAUAUAUAUAUUUUUUUUUCAAACAGCACUGAUGCAGAUAACGGAUUCCUGUGCCACUCUGAACAGACCUUUUAUUAUCAUUGUCUUCGAAGUAUGCAAGAAACCAAGACCCCAGGAACGCAGGAGUUAGCGUUUACACCAGCCUUAUUCAGUAAUAAUCGCUCCUGAUACAGGAAGUGCCAUGUCCUGCAGUCGUGGUUCGGUCGCCGCCGCUGCAGGGUUUUCCUCUCCAAUCCGUCAGCACGAGGCGUGUCGGUGGGACUGAACCUGCUUCUGAUUUUAUGCUGUCGUUUUGUACGUCGUGGUCUUGUCUUUCUUUUCAUUUUGAGAAGAGAAUAGUUAAAGCUGUGCUCUUGUAUAAGGGAGUCGUGUUACACCGUUAACCUGCAGCACCUGCAGAGUCUCUACCACCAAAUAAUCAAGAAAUAAAUUUGUUCAAAUAAACUGCACCAUCCUGCAGA